GCACUCGUCGCAGAAGCAAAACAAUAGCAAUCGACGCUCCAGCUGCUCUCGAACAACAUCUUCGGAUUCAGAUUCUGGAAACCCAGCAGGCCCAGCCCAACAGAUCUCCACAGAUCGUAAGAUGCCACGUCCCAUGCUCCUAAUCCAUGGCGGAGCCGGUGAUAUAUCCGAUUCCCGUAUCGCCGGAAAGUUCCAGGGCAUCAAGCAGUCCCUGCGCUGUGCCUGGCGGCUCCUGAAUCCGGAGGACGGCGCCACCGGAUGCGCCCUGGACGCCGUGGAGGCGGCGGUGCGCAGCAUGGAGUUGGACGAGAACUUCAACGCCGGCUAUGGCUCGUGCCUGAACACCAACGGCGAGGUCGAGAUGGAGGCCAGCCUGAUGGAGGGCAAGGAUCUGCGCGCCGGAUGCAUAACCCUGCUGCGGGAUGUGAUGCAUCCGAUCACGGUGGCCCGGCGGCUGAUAGAGAAGAAGAGGCACACGUUCCUUGGCGGCGAAGCGGCCCUGGAUCUGGCCCUGUCCACGGGCAGCGAGCGGCUGCCACCAAACGCCCUGGUCACCGAGGGUGCCCGCUUCACGCUCCAGCAGUUCCAGGAGCAGGUGGCCCAGGGAAAGGAUCCGUUCUUUGCGCGCACGGAACUGGCCGAGGAGAAGCCCACAAGCAAUCCCCUUAAGACGGAUCCCAGUGGCGAGACCGUGGGCGCCGUCGCCAUUAACUCCGAGGGCCACAUCGUGGUUGGUACUUCGACGGGCGGCAUCACCGGCAAGUGGCCAGGACGGAUAGGCGACACGCCCAUCCUGGGCAGCGGCACAUAUGCGGACAACCUGCGGGGCGGCGUCUCCACCACUGGCCACGGGGAGACAAUAAUGCGCUACAACCUGGCGCAGCGCAUCCUGGCCGCCAUGGACUGCAAAGGUCUGUCGCCGCAGGCGGCCGCCGACGAGGAGUGCCGCGAGAUGACCCGCCGGGUGGGCGGCACCGGAGGCGCUAUCGUUGUGGCUCCCAACGGAGAGAUCGGCAUCAGCUUCACAUCGCGGCGCAUGGCGUGGGGCUAUGUGAAGAACGACACCAUCUUCUACGGGAUAGAGGGUCAAGUGGUCCACCAGGAGCCAUUCAUCCAGUAGAUCCUCCUCCUAUACCCCCAGCCUCCUGUCGAAAUUCCAGUAAUGUCACUAUGUUCUUGCAGAUUUAUUUACAUUCUCGACCCAAAAAUAAAUAUAUAUAUAAGCUCUGAAAUAUCUACAUACAAUAUAUGUAUAUUGCUCAUAAACUUCAACAACAAUAAAUUAAGUAACUACUAAAGUAUUAAAUAUGGUUUAAAAAACAGAGUUGUAAAAAAAGAGAGCUAAAGAAUUUGUUCGUUUAAAGAGAAGCUACUUGCUAUUUACAAAAAUCAGAAGCCCUAAAACUUAAUUAUUAACUUAUGAACUUAAGAACUACUUUGUUUCUACCUAUUAUUCAUAUUGCAUGGCAAUUUACAAUAUUAUAAAGCUGUUUGAAGAGAA